GAAUUUUUUUUUAUUGAAAUAGGCUCUCCUAAAGGAAAAAAUUUACUUGGUUAAAUACAUUUUCUUCAUAAAAAGAAGUUGAAUUCUAAUCUAUUAUCAUCUCAACUCAUCUUUUGUUUCCUGUGUUUGUAAACAAAUGCAUUGACAUGCUUUAAGGAGCAAUUCGUCGCUUUUAGUUAAUUUUUUUUUGUUCCAAAUUUUUUGUGUAAAACAGUGCAAAAACCAUGAAGAUCACUAGGCAAAAGCAUGUACGCCGUUAUUUAAAGUUUUACAAAAAUAAUUAUCAGUUUAGAUCACCGUAUCAAAUUCUGAUUGACGCUACAUUCUGCAAUGAGGCUCUUCAAUGCAAAUUGAAUAUCAAAGAACAAGUUCCGAAAUACUUAGAAGAUCCGAAUGUAAAACUAUUUACUACUCCAUGUGUUAUAGCAGAAGUUGAAAUGUUGGCAUCUGAAGUGUAUGGUGCUAUGCUGAUUACAAAAUCUUUUAAAGCUCGCAUUUGUGGUCAUGAAAAAAAUCCUGUUACUGCCUCAGAAUGUUUAUAUUCGAUGAUUGAAAAUGGGAAUCCUGAUCAUUAUAUGAUUGCUACCCAAGAAAGAGAGCUUAGUGAAAAAUGUCGGCAAAGUCCUGGUGUUCCAUUGCUGUAUGUAAAAUACAAUGCUGUAAAUCUGGAAAAGCCAUCUGUAUUAAGUGCAGAAGAUGCUGAUAUGAAAUCUAAAGCAAGUUUAAAAUAUUCCGAAGAACAGAUUGCUUUGAUGCAAAAAUUGAAGGCCCAAUUACCCUCUGACAGUGUAGAGAGUAAGAAGACGACUAAAAGAAAAGCCAAAGGUCCAAAUCCACUUUCGUGCAAAAAGAAAAGCAAGGUUAGUGCUCCCCCACCGGAAAAGACAAAGAAAAGAAAACGACACAAAAGGAACAAGAAUAAAAUUCCUUCUGUAACUCAAAAUGAAUAAAACUUUGCUCUUAUGUA